UCGACACUCGAUAGAGAGAGGGAGAGGGAGAGAGACGUGUGCGAAUGGGCUUUGGGCUAGCCUAGCCUAGGCUUACGCUAAUCUUAACUUCGAAAUGACAGAAGAUAGGAACUUCCGGUCACAUUACUAUGAAAAAGUUGGAUUUCGUGGAGUUGAAGAAAAGAAGUCUCUACAGAUUCUCCUAAAAGAUGACCCACUAGAUGAUCAGAAGCUGGCUGUGUUCUGUCAGAGAUUUCCAGUUCCUGUUAUGUACCGUCAGCUUGUAUGGAAAGUCUUACUUGGAAUUCUACCGGUCCAUCAAUCAGUCCAUCAGUUUGUUUGGAACCAGAGAACUCAGCAAUGUAAUGAUCUCCAGAGGUCACUUAAGGUCAUGAAUAUCAUCAAUGAUGAAACAUCUGAGGCAGAGGUCAUCUUUAAAAUGUUUCUUCUACAAGAGGGGCUAUUACCACUUGAAGAUGAAAAUCUUCAUGAUAUUGAAGACUCCAUCAUAUCCCUCGAUGUUGCUACGGCAACGUGUGAUAUGACUGAGGAUUUCGACGAUGCUUAUUGGUUGGCUUUUAGAAUAUAUCAACUCCGAGAAAAGCAUGCCGAUCUCUUAGAAACAAUGCCGUCUUCUUUCAUUAGUUACCUUACAAAGGAAGAUCCUGUGUUGUAUGAACAUUUGGAGGCCUUAAAAUGUGUUAAGAGGUUGCCAUACCAAAAAUGGUUCCAGUCGCUUUUUUCCUCUGUGUUUCCAGUCAGCACUGUCGAAAGGAUAUGGGAUCGCUUCAUUGGUGGAUCUUGCAAGUUCCUCGUCUUUGUUGCCAUAGCUAUUUUUCUCACUUACAAAAUGCAACUGAUAAAUACCAAAAAACAACAAGAUCUUUUAAAGUUUUUAGAAAAGCUACCUUGCGACCAUUGUGAUGUAAUUCUGAUGAAGGCUUCUGAGCUUUGGGAAAAAUAUGGGUGUACUAAAGCUGAGUUGUUGUGAUGGUAGAAGAUAGAGUGGGGAUUUAACUCAUGAUUAAAAUGGUUUUGAAUCGUUGAACAUUAUAAUUGGUCCUAUCCUAUUCUAUUUUUAAUCUCGCAUUUCUAUCUAAAAUACUAGCAUCAGAAAAAAAAACAUCAAAAAUGGAAAUAUAAAUAUAGAAUUUUAGUAUCUAAAAUAUUAUGUAUUAAGUUUUUAUUGUAUAUAAUUUUGUAAAAGUUGGAGAGAUAAAAUGAAAAUUAUCAGAAAUGUUAUCUCCACUCACAAAAAUUGGAUUAAUAGAUGUCAAACCUGUUGAAGUCGAAUAAAGCUAUCCAAUUUGACUUUUA